UAAAGACAAGUCUACCAACCACACAACAACAAGAGAGAUGAUGAGAAAGAGAGAAAGUAGUAGGGUGAAGAAAGAGGAGUUAAACAGAGGAGCUUGGACCGAUCAAGAAGACAAGAUCCUUAAAGACUAUAUCAUGUUCCACGGCGAAGGAAAAUGGAGCACACUCCCAAACCAAGCUGGUCUCAAGAGGUGUGGCAAAAGCUGCAGACUUCGGUGGAAGAACUACUUGAGACCAGGCAUAAAGCGCGGAAACAUCUCAUCUGAUGAAGAAGAACUUAUAAUCCGCCUCCAUAAUCUCCUUGGAAACAGAUGGUCGUUGAUAGCUGGGAGGCUUCCAGGGCGAACUGACAAUGAAAUAAAGAACCACUGGAACUCAAACCUCCGCAAAAGACUUCCAAAAUCACAAACCAACCAACAGAAAAGUCGAAAACAUUCCAACAACAACAACAUGAAUAAAGUAUCUGUUAUACGUCCAAAGGCGAUUAGGUGCCCAAAGGCUCUGACAUUUCAGAAGCAGAGUAGUAUUGGUAGUACCAGUCUUCUUACUGUGAAGGAAAACGUGAUUGAUCAACAAGCUAGUUCUCCUUCAUCGUUGGGAGAUCUUAAAAUCGAUUUUGAUAAAAUUCAGUCUGAGUAUCUCUUCUCUGAUCUGAUGGACUUUGAUGGUUUGGGUUGUGGAAACGUAAUGUCUCUUGUUUCAUCUGACGAGGUGCUGGGAGAUUAUGUUUCGGCUGAUGCUUCUUGUCUGGGUAAUCUUGAUCUUAAUAGACCUUUCACUUCUUGUCUUCAAGAAGAUUGUCUCUGGGACUUUAAUUGUUAGACCCUAUCGUAAAUCUUCAUAUAUUACGUCUACCUCUGUACGAACAAAAGUAUAUAUUUAUAUUUUGUUUGAACGCUUCUAAUUACUAGUAAUUUCUAACUUUGUUUUGCU